UUAUUUAUUUUUCCGUUACCCUAUUCCAAGUCAGUAGAGUUCGGUUCUGGUUCCUCAUGUCUUCAUUGUGCGUUGAUGUGUUUACAGUGUGUUUUCUGUGUGUGUGUGUGUGUGUGUGUGUGUGUGUGUGUGUGUGUGUGUGUGUCACUGAGCGCAGUGUUUGUUUAUGGAAGGCAGAUGUCUCUCUGUCACUCAGCUCGCUGAUAAUCCUCGUCUAUUUUUACCUCCGUCGCCCCUCCUCGCUGUUCCAGCCCCGCUUCCCCUCGCACCACUCCGGUUCCACUUUCAGCCAGAAAGCGUUUGGACCGGCAGCACCGAGCCUCAGGAGAUUCUGGCAACAGUGUUUAAAAACCAACCAAGAACCGGAGAUACUGGGAAACUGGUUCUGGUUUAGUCUGACUUCAACUGCAGACAGACUGCAAAUAUUGGAGCAAAAACAAGAAACGAGGAUGGAUGUUUGAAGUACAAACUAACAGGAAUCCAAGGAGAAAGAGAAGAAUAUUUUUAUUCUCUUCAACCAGCAACAGACUGGUUUCAGUGUUUCCUCAUGACGACUGAGAAAACAGAAGAAAGUGAAGAGACAUGUGGACGUCAGAGACAAGAGGACAGCAGCAGCAAAGCGUCCUUCACGACUCUGAGCUCCAUCGCCAUCCAGGCCGGCCGGACCCAGAUUGUUGCUUCUGUCCUCCAGAGCGGCUCUCUGAUCCACCUCCAGCUGGUCCAGUUCCAGCCUGGACUCUGUGAGAUCGGAUCGGACCGGGAGGAAAACCACAUCCUGAUCCAGGAGCAGCAGCAGCUGCUGGAGAAACUUCAGAAGCAUGAGCCUGAAGUGUUGGCUAUGGUGGAAAAGAAACACCAGGAGAAACUGAGGAUGAGGAGGGAUGCAAGGAGGAAGCAGGAGGAAAUGGAGGAGUUGACCGAGGCGAUGAAGGCGUCUCUGAGGGAGGGAUGGUCGCUGCUUCUCCGACUGCUGGAGAGACGACUGGACGUCCUGAAGCAGGCUUCAGAUUUCUUUUGCCGAGUGAUGGAGUUUGCCAUUGGCAUCGACAGAUUAGAGGAUCUCCAGAUUAAAAAUGAAGACAAACUGGAUGAUGUUCAGGUCUCCUACGACUGCAUGAGGAAAGAUCUUCUGGGAAAGUCGCUGCAGGUUUUAACCAGCAGCAGCAUCCUGCUGCAAAGACUCAGGCAGCUGCAGAGGACCGAGGCCCUCCAGAGGAGAGGAAGAGUACUGCAGGGUGAUGAAGAAGAUGUGCAAGAGAGUUCCCAGUGUUCCCAGUACAGCAGAGGCCCGGUGCUGAGGCUGGAGCAGCUGGUGGAGGACCUGCAGGACCGAAGGCGGAGGGCCGACCAGGCUUUCAGGCUGCAGCUGCAGCAGGCAGAUGUGGUUCUCAACUUGAGGGAAGAGUCCAAAGGAAAAGCAAGUCUUGAUAUCCAGAGUCUACUGAACCAGAACCUGCAGUUCGGAUCGACAUCAGACCAAACCAAAGAUCUGGGGUUGAAGUCAGGAUCCAGAUCAGAUUUCCAGAUUAAAUCUUCCUCAGAACAAAACCGUGUAAAGCAGACAGAAGAACCAGACGAUGUGAAGCUGGAAUCCAGAUUACAAGAGUCUGGACAAGAACCAGACGUAAAACCAGAUUCCUGGUUCAACCCAAACUCCAAGUCUAGAUUAAAUCAUUUCAGAGAGCUGAAAUCUGGGUCCGGAUUAGAUGAAAUCAAAGACGAGCGUGAAUCCAGAUCAGAGUCCAGAUCAGGAGGAACCACUGAAACCAGGUCAGAGACGACCAGAACCCUGCAGUCUGAAUCCAGUUCAUCUGAGAGCACAAAGCUGAAGACAGAAUCUGGGUCACAAACUGAUUCCAGAUCAGACCUAAAACCCAGAUCAGAAGAACCAGGAUCUGGAUCAAAGCAGGAGAAUGAUCUAAAGCUUCAAUCUGGAACAGAAAAGACCAACAAACAGCAGCUGGAGUCCAAAACAAAGGAGACCAGAAACCCACAGUUCAGUUUUACAACCGUUCUGAAAACCAAGUUCAGAUUAGAUGAGCUGCACAUAUGUGAACCUGAUGUGAAGCCAGGAUCCAGAUCAGGAGAAAUCACUGAAAAUAGAUCAGAAAAGACCAGAAACCUGCCGUCUGAAUCCAGUUUGGGUGAGAGUUCAGACCUACAACAUGACCUGAAAACAGAACCAGAGUCACAAAACUCCAGAGACUCUCAAACUGGGUUCAGAUCAGAACCAAAGAACCAACUUCAACCAGAAUUACUUACAUCUGGUCCCAGACCAGUUUUCAAAACCAGGUCUAGAUCAGAAGAACAGCAGCAGACAUCUGGGUGUGAUGGAAAACCCGGAUCCACUGGAUCCGGUCCAGAGGGGAUCAGAACCUUUGGGCUCAAAUGUAAUCCAGAAAACAUCCCUGAAACUGGAUCAGGGACAGCGCCUCUGAAGUCUGCAUCAAUACAGCAACGUGGAUCUGGAUCAGAGAAACCUGAAUCCAGUUCAGCUGAGAUCACCGACCUCCAAACUGGAUCCAGAUUGGACCUGAAGAACCAAACCAGAUCACAGCAGGGGGAUCUGAAUCAUCUAUCUGGAUCUGAGAAGGCUGGGAACCAGAGCCAGAAAUCCAAAAUGGUGGAAACUAAAUCCAAAUCCAGGUCAGAUGAGCCACUAAGAUGUGAAUCUGAUGCAAAACCUGGAUCAGAACCAGAAGUUACCAAAACACCAGAGAUCUCUGGAUCUGGGUCGGACCCGGUAUCAGUAAAGAACCGACUCGGUGAGCAACAACAGACGGAGGCACAGCAGCAACAGGAGGAGUUCAGGAGCGGGUACCAGAAGAGACUGGUGAAGACCCGGCAGGACCUGAACUGUGUCUCAGAGCUGCUGGACUCCUGCACCAGCAUGGAUCUGGGUUCAGAACCGCAGACCAACAGGCUGCUGGAGCAGUUCAGACAGGCAGGACCACAUUUCAGGCAGCUGGAUGUUGAGGUGGAAAAUACGGUGAGGAGCUGGGAGAACCUGAGCGGAGUCCAGGCCCGGCUGGGAGGAGCAGUGAUGGACGAGGAUCUAUCAGAGCUGCUGAAGCUACAGCAAGCAGUGAGGGACAAAAUACAGCAAGGCGAGUCGAUCCUGAAGCAGAGCAGCAGCUUCCAUCUCACAGCCAAACAGCUGGAGCUGCUGCUUCAGUCGGAACCUCCCAGUCCUUUAACUGGUUGCACUGGUUUACGUGGGUCCAAAGAAGAAGAGCUGAGUCGAUUACAGGAGGCCCAGCAGCAGAUCCAGAACCUCCUUAGAACCACGUCGACUAUGAAGACGGACAUCUGUACUGCGGUUUCACAAAGCAACUGGGCUGGUUUCCUGGUGGACCAGCUGGGGAUCCGUUUGGGGUCUCUGGACUCUCUCUGUGAGUCCUGGCUGAACAAAGCAGCUCAAUGUGAGGAGGAGCUCCGAAGGGAGCAGCUGACUCACCUCCUGCAUGAAGACAUCACCCAGCUUUGUGAGUCCUUCAAGGAGCUGAAAAAACGUUUCAGCAACACAAAGUUCAACUACUUGAAGAGAAACGACCGAACGAGGAACUUGAAGGCAGUCUGGAACCAGCUGCAGCAGAUGGAGGUUUACCAGGAGAAGCUGCAGGGGCUCAGGAAGCGCGUUCAUGGUGUGACGGCCCGGCUGGGAUCGGAGGUCAAAAACACGGGCAUGGCCCGGCAGCUGGAGGACACCGUCAACGAGCUGCAGAGGCAGAUGGGACAGCUAGAGAGAAACAUCUGUGAGCACCAGAAAACCCUGGACAUGACAUGCAAGCUGCAGCAGGCCAUGGAGGAGUACCAUUUCUGGUGCGAGGAGGCGAGCGCCACCAUCGCUCGCGUUGGGAAGUUUUCCUUGGAGUGCCGCAGCACCGAAGCCGUCUCCGUUCUCUACCGGCAGUUUGAGAAGUUUGUUUGGCCAACGGUUCCUCAGCAGGAGGAGAGGAUCAAUCAAAUCACAGAGCUGGCUGUCAGACUGCACGGGGUGGAGGAGGGCCAGCGUUACAUAGAGAAGACGGUCAGUAAACACUCAGAGAUGGUGGAGUCCAUCAGAGAGCUGAGUGAGGGACUGAUGGAGCUGGAGGCCAAACUGAAGUUGGAGAAUCUGAAACAGCAACAGCAGAAGGAUGUAGAGGAGGAAGUAGAGAGGAAACAAGGGAGACAGACAGAAGAGCAGGAGAAGACAGAGGAAAAGAGCAGGAUGAAGCAGAAGGAUAACCGCAACACACAGGAGGCUGCUGAUAUGCAUGAACUUAAAGAGACAGGCCACACCCCCGAACUGAUCACAGAGAACGAUGGAAAGGAGGCUGCUGCAGCCAAUAGGAAGCCUCCGUCAGAGAAGACUCAGGCGGUAAACGGACCGACAGCAAACAGAGAGUUACACAGUGAGAAGUUCACCUCCUCCUUCACUUCUACCCUCACCAUCAGCUCACCUGUGGAUGCCAAGCGGCAGGUUCAAGCUGCCCUCAACCAAUCACAGACUGCUGCUUCUGAGCCUCAAGCCCCACCCUCUCAGUCUGCCAUUGGUCCAUCAUUUCCUGAUGACCAGGAAGAGUUUCUUAGGGAAAUGGAAGGAGCGGAACAACACAUCGGUUCAAACUUCUGUGGCUCAAGUUCACUACAGGAAACGUCUCCACAUGUGGAGCUCCAUCAACCAGACGUGACGACCGAGGAUUGUUUUUCCAACGAUGAGUACGAUUGUGCGUCCCCUGACGACAUUUCCCUGCCGCCGCUGGCUGAGACUCCAGAGUCCAACAUGUUCCAGUCAGAUGUUGAGGAGGGUUUCUGUUUUAGCUCUCAUAGCGUUCACAUCAGCCAGGUCAGCCACCAAUGCUGUGCCCAGUCAGAACCAACUACAACUGAUUCUGUCCCACAACAUAAAGAGUCAAGUCAGAUGGAGAGUUGUCCAGCUCCUACAGUCAGACUACACAGCAGGACCAGGUUCAGGUCAGAGUCCAGAUCCUUUAACCCAAGUCCAUCCACAGUUCCUGUUACAACACUUUUUACCAGUACUCUGUGCACCAUCCUGAAAACCAAAGAGUCUACCUCUGACCUCUCUCUGGACAACCCAGUCCAUGGGUACAACAACAAACACUGCUCUAAAGUUAAAAACUCUCCAAAGCAGAGAUGUCCAUGCACAACCCUUACACAGGAUUUGAGUCAGAGCCUUCAUCUGCAGUCCUUCAAUGGUUCAGACAAAAGUCUCCACAAUCACAACAUUCCUAAAGGAGAGACUGAGGUUCUGAACAUCCAUCCUAGUUACACCAAAACAAACAGUAUCCUUCCUGAAAAGAGGGAAUUACUUGAAUCUCAUCAUUGUACAAGUCAUACCCAUCAUGACAUGAAGUCUGUCAAAAAUUCAAGAACACCUCAACAAGACAGUCUUACUAAGAUCAGCACAAGUUUAGUUUCCCAGCAAAACAUUUACAUCAAGUCAUGUGUUUCAGGGAAUCAUUCUACCAACCCAAUGGUCUGCAGCAACUCUGCACAGGAAAGUACACUCAAUCCCUCCUCUGAUCCAGUCCCCAAGUUUGAAGAGUCUUCUCACAUGUCCGGUGUUACAGACACUAUCCCCCAUAAAGACAUAACCCAACCACAAGAUAAUAACCUUCUAGAACCUUCUACAACAAAACCCCAAAGUUCAGCAUCUCAAGAUCCAACCUUUUUGCAGACCAAAAGUGAACCAGAUCAGGAUGUACCUUUAACACUUAAAGACAGCAGUAUUAGUACAGCUGCCACAGUCACCCAAAGCAUCUUCAACCAGUCGUUGCCUUCUGGCAGGUCACAGACCAACAAAACUUCAAACACAGGUCCCAGAGAUCCACCUGAAGACCUCAUCCAAAACCCUCCACAGCCUAAAACCAUCAGCAACACCAGUAUCUGCUGCAGCAAACAGGGUCUUCAGACAGUCUUCCCUCUCCAGGACACCCAGCAGUGUGUGCAUGGUUCCAGCAUGAGUCCCAAUUCAGCUCCUCCCCACCCAGAGCCUCAGACCCACAUUUCACCUGAUCCAGCUAACCUGCAUGGCACAUCUCCAUAUUUUACACCUCAUGUACUAACACUAUCUCAAGAUCCUGAUAUUUGUCAACCCUUGGCUAUCCGGGAGGAGAUCAGACUUACUCCCCAGAUCCAGGGGCCUCCUCUUCCUUCUGCUCGUCUUCCUCAGCCCUCAUCAGAGUCUCUUCCUUUGGGAAAAGUUUCUGAACCUGGCCUCACCUUGUUCACCAGGCCCUGGUCUCAAGCCACCGUCAUGGAGGGCUGUCCAGUGAUGUUAGAGGUGGAGGUGAUGGGAAACCCAGAGCCCAGGCUCACUCGGUUUAAACUUGAAGAGGACCAGAACCAGAACCAGGAUCAGGACUUACAGCUGUUGACUGGAAGCAGCAGUGGUGCUGAUAAUAAAUGGCUGAUGUUGGAGGCGUUGGACACCAUCAUGGAGGACUGGAACACCUGGUUUGGGACUCUCUGUGUCCUGCUGUGGCUGCUCUACCUGGUUUUACUCUGACUCAAGCAGUUAUGCUCUGACCUUUUUAUUUCUGCUGGAUGCAUCAGAUAUUAUCUGAAUCAGUUUAAUCUGAGCUGAAGGUCAAUCUGCCUUUAGCUUAUUUGACCUCUAUGUCAUUUUCAUAAUUUUGAACUGACUGUAAACCCAAGCUUUCAUGUGUUGUAAUUUGGUUUGAAAUGUUUGUAGUACUUUAAAAUAUUAAACCAAGCAUGACGACAAACUUUGGAGAAAAAAAAAGAAAGAC